CAUAGCACUUGCAAAAGAAGGUUAAGGAAUGACUGCGCCAGUGCUGAGUGCAAUCACACUCGCACACUCCUCUUAAAACCUUCUUCUGUUUUUGACAGAUAUUCGGCGAAAGAAAAGCGCCAUGAAUGUGGCUUACAGCAGCAGCUCUGAGCUCCUGUGAGAUCAGCAGAUAUCUGGAAUACAUCACUCAUCCUGCGCACAGCUACGCUUUUUACAGGUCAUAUGAAAAAUGUUUGCAUCCCUCGCUUGGCUUUCUUCAUAGCUGCGCAACUUGGCGGGCAUCCGAUGGUGCGCUUUUGCGCAAAUCUCUCCAAACUUUCCAACCAAGUGGAGGAUAUUUUGAGGCGAAGGAUAUAGCUGAUACACACGCGUGCUCUCUGGAAAUGUUCUUUUAAGGACCUUCUGGGUAAAUAAACCCUUAACGUUUGUCUUUUACGCUGGAAAGAGCGUUAAGGGUUCCUGCGUUCUUCACCUGGACAUGUUGCGCAGCGGCGCAGCUGCGGGAUUGAAAUAACGCUGCCGUUGCCGGAGUUUUCCGAACCUCGCCAACAUCUCGGGCAUCGCAUCUUUGGGCAGGUGCUCCUUUCUGAGUGUGUUUGAAGACGGUGCCAUGCGGAAUCUGGAACCGCGCAUCGAAAGGCUGUAAAACCUAUUGGAAACGCGACAUUUACGCAGAGAUGGGAUCCCUGGUGAGAUCCCGUUGGCUGAUGAUCCCCUUGCUCGUGCAGGCCUGGCUCUUGGCUUCCCAAGGCAGAGUCCGAGAGAAACCGUGUCCCCGAAGCUGCCGCUGCGAUGGCAAAAUAGUGUAUUGCGAGUCAAAUGCCUUCCGUGAUGUGCCAAAGAAUGUUUCCGUGGGAUGCCAGGGCCUCUCUCUGCGGUACAACAGCUUGGUGAACCUCAGGGCUGGUCAAUUUGCCAGCCUCAGCCAGUUAGUAUGGUUGUACCUGGACCACAACUACAUCAAUGCAGUGGACAAACAAGCCUUUCAGGGUGUUCGAAGACUAAAGGAGUUGAUCCUCAGCUCCAACAAGAUCACACAUUUGGAAAACAGCACGUUCCAUUCAAUCCCCAACCUACGCAAUCUGGACCUGUCUUACAACAAACUUCAAGUCCUGCAGCCAAACCAGUUCCAGGGCUUGCGGAAACUGUUGAGUCUCCACAUCAGAUCGAAUUCCCUCAAGACAGUUCCCAUGCGAGUGUUCCAGGAUUGUCGAAACCUAGAGUUUCUUGAUUUGGGCUACAAUCGACUGCGAAGUCUUACCCGUAACGCAUUUGCCGGACUUCUCAAACUGACUGAGUUACACUUGGAGCACAACCAAUUCUCAAAGAUCAAUUUCUCUCAUUUCCCAAGGCUGAACAACCUCCGUGCUUUGUAUCUGCAGUGGAAUCGGAUAAAAUCUAUAACCCAGGGAAUUACAUGGACCUGGACCUCUUUGCAAAAGCUGGAUCUUUCUGGAAAUGACCUGCAGGUGUUGGAUUCAAGCAUCUUCCAGUGUCUCCCUAACUUGCAGACUCUUAAUCUGGACUCCAAUAAGCUUAGCAACGUGUCUCAAGAGGCCAUAUCAGCUUGGAUAUCUCUUACUACCAUCAGUCUUGCUGGUAACAUUUGGGAAUGCAGCCCCAGCUUAUGCCCCCUUGUAGCUUGGCUGAGGAGCUUCAAGGGGAACAAGGAGACUACUAUGAUUUGUGCUGGACCAAAGGAGGUUCAGGGUGAGAAAGUCAUUGAGGCUAUUGACACACAUGGAAUCUGUAAGUUGAUGCCCACUGCUUACCAGCCGAUCUCCUCCACCGUAAGCUCCCCUUCCAAACCUGGACGUUUCCCCCUGCCCACCAUGUUCAGGGUGAAUGAGAAAAUAACACGCAACAACGCUAUUGCACCUUCCCCAACGGCUGCAUCCCCACUCAUCCCUGAGCAGGACUUUGAGCAUGUUUCGUUCCACAAGAUAAUUGCUGGCAGCGUCGCCCUCUUCCUGUCCGUGGCCAUGAUCUUGCUAGUGAUCUAUGUCUCUUGGAAGCGUUAUCCCAGCAGCAUGAAGCAACUGCAGCAGCAUUCCAUGGUAAGAAAACGCCGGAAAAAGGUGCGGGAGACAGAGCGCACCAUCAGCACCCCGCUUCAGGAAUAUUAUGUGGACUACAAACCCACAAACUCUGAGACCAUGGACGUACUGGUCAAUGGGACAGGACCAUGUACCUACACCAUCUCCGGCUCCCGAGAAUGUGAGGUAUGAUCCGUCGCCCUCCUAAAAUCCAUUACCACUGCGGGGAACAAGAGGUAAAUGUCCAGUCGAUGUGAGGCAAAAAAAAACUGUGUUGUCUCCCCCAUUUUUCCGCUGCUAGCUGUUCCCCUCUAAUGGGUAGGAAACAUGGGUCAGUGCAUGGCAACUUGAGUCAUAUGUUCUCAGGCUUGUAAUCAAAGUUGUUUCCUCCUUUUUCUUCAGGUAUAGUAAGAUAAAACACCCUCAAGCCCAAAACACCUUGUUAUAUAUCAGACAGCUGCUUGGGGAAUUUUUACUCUCUGGUGGCUAAAAGCACAAUAUUGAGUACUGCUUUUAAAAUACACCAACGAUUGACUACAAAAAAUUGGUGUA